CGCGUCAGAUCGGGAGGGAACAGUUUGGUGCGCGCGCGCGUCCCGACACCAUGCUGGUGUUGACGCUCUUUCUUCUUACGAGCUCUAUCGAAGCGCGAACAUUUAACAUAACCCACCUUUUAGUACCCGAAGUUGUACCUCCUGGACAAGAAGAAGUCGAAAUAGAGUGUCGAUACGACGCCAACUUCACUCUACUAAACUGGUUUAAGGAGCCAAACGAAUUUUUCCGCUACAAACCUGGUCGCGCACCAAGUACGAGGUCUUUCCCUGUCCUCGGUAUCGGGAGGGUCGAACUUAUAGCCUGUGGACCGACGGCUUGUCGUCUCAAACUCGGAGCCCUUACAGAAGAAGCCACUGGGUUAUACAGGUGCGAUAUUGAGCGAGAUGUUACGCCGUACAAGUUCGCAACGCGUAAAGCAUACAUGGAAGUUCACGGACAUGAACAUAGAAAACCUUUACUGGAAGGCUUGGGUGAAGAGUUCGGAGAAGGCGAUGACAUGCGUGCCUACUGCCGAGGUGAUCCCGACACAGAACUCCGUUGGUACCUCAACGGACGCGAGCUAGAAGAAAUGAGAGGUUCCACGACAUUAAAGAGGAAGAGUUCUCGUUUAAUUUUCCUAGGUAUUCCGCCAAUGGUGACAGUUCAGUGUGCUGAGUUCAAAUUUGGUAAACUAUAUGGCUCUAAUCAAGAAAAAGCCCGCUGGAAGAAUAGUAUUGGAAAUGACGAAAGGCCACAAGAGCAGAGGAAUGAGGCCAACACUUUGAAAAUAUAUUCAAAUUUUGUUAGUAUGUGUAGUUUAUAUAUAUUAUUUAUUAAAGUUGUGAAAUAGUUACCUAUGAGAUUUGAUGUCCAAAAAUAAAUGGUUCCUUAAAUAUAAUACAGUUGUAAA